AAAGCCACUCUCUACUACUACGGUUCUGUCGACCGACGAACACAGGAAGAGAAGAAAGAUCCCAGCUUGUGUUUAAAUAGUACAUAUGACCCUCUUCGGCAGCUUUGCUUCAUGAAUACAGAAUACAGCCCUAUAACAGCGGCAUUCGCAAGCAUAAUUUAGGUUCAGAUAAAAAGGGCACUCUAUCUUCUCGAGGGUCCACAUCAACCCUCAGCAGACAUCAAGACGCUCUGAUAAUGUUGUGGAUUCUCUUCGGAGCUCUGUUAGGGGGUGCAAAUGGGCAGAUAAAUGCUCCAAAUUGUAAUUCGAGUUUGGAUUAUCAAUGGUCAUUCAACUCUCUCGACCAGAACCCAUGCGUUGUAGCAUCGUUCCUCGGUCAAGCAUGCGAUACUCAGUAUUCCAUUCCCUCCCUCAACACCACUGAACAUUAUGGUGGACCCAGUACUGGACAGGACAACCCGUGCCAGUGUAGCUCUGUCAUGUAUAUCUUGCUAAGUGCAUGUGGGGCAUGUCAGGGAGGAUCGUUCAUUGCGUGUGUGGUCUUUAUUCAUUGCCUCGGUCACUUAUCCCAAGCUCUAACCUAUGGACAUUUGACGUCGGAUGAAAACGAUGCUGAUUCUCGCGCAGAUGGUCCGCCUAUAAUCAUAACUGCACCAAUGUCUAUCCUACGAUGUGAGUUGCUCGUAUUCUGCCCGUACCUGAACUUUGAUUAUCGUGUUCACUGGACAAUCCACCUGUCUGCUCGCAUCUUUCUGCGCUCCUUUUGGUCAUAUUACCCUCAAAUAUGGUUCAACUGAAUCAUUAAUACUUCUGACUCUAGAUUUCCUGAAAAUAUCCCGUCCGGAACGAGGGUCCCUCGUUGGGCGUAUCAAAAUGUUACGGUUUGUAGUCGUCAUAUACUGAUUCCCCAUAAUUCAAGCGAUUGUGAAUAGGCCGAAGACAACUUCAAUCCCACAGAAGCACAAGCAGUUGGAGGUGCGCAUUACCUCAAUCAGAAUCGACCGGAAGUUCUCCAUCUACAGGCACCCCAACUACAGGUACCAGCACCCCAACUCUGACCCCCACAGUGUCAAGCCAAGGCAAAAAAACCAACGCAGGCGCCAU